AUGCUAUUAAAUCUCCUCUCUUUAAAUUAGAAGAAAAAAAUCCUGUUCCAAUUUAAAGGGGGGUUAAUUUUCCUCAAAAAAUUUUUAAAAAGUAAAACAUAUAAAUUAAGCAUUUUAAUUAAAAGUUAAUCGAUUAAGUUUGAAAACUGUUUAAUAUUCUCCUCUAGCUUUUUUGGAUUAAAUUAGGUCAAAUAUAAUUUAGAAAAAUAAGUAUUUUAUAUAUAAAAAUUUACUAUUGAAAAAAGUUACAAUUUUAAGAGCUUAAAGUACCCUUACUUACUUAAUUAGUGUGAUUAGAACUCAGUUACCAAGGAUCACCAGGGAAUUCAUCCGCUUUGUGGUGACCUCACUUCCUAUCGCUGGAAAGGUGGGCUACCUGACCGUCACAUCCUCCUUGCUACUUCGAAAAAGCUGCAGUGUUGAGUGACAGACACCGAGUUCCCGGGCCUUGCUUCAGGCUGCAGUGAUGAUGAGGUUGCCUGCACAGAAAUUCAAAAAAAAAGAUUUUCUGGCUGACUGUUGGCAAAAAGGAAAAUGUAGCCAAGGCCGUAACCCCUGGUUUCGCAGUGGUGGAGCGCCCGAUGCCUAAACUCCCCCCUCCGUGAGCGAAAAAAAAAAACUUGUUCGCUCAGGAGGGGGUUAAUUUUUUUGUUAUUUUUAUAUAAAUUUUAAAGAAAAAAUUUUUUCUGAAUUUAAAAAUAUCCCAAUUCUCGGAAAUUGGAAAACAAAUAUUAAUUUAAUUUGUAAAAUUUAUGUUUUUGUUUUAAAACCAAUUUGUUUAAAAUUAGCCCGAUAUUUUAUGAUAUCUCAUCACUUAUAUAUCAAAUAUUUUUUGGGCAAAAAACAGGGAUUUUUCUAAUGGUUUUGUUCGCUCACGGAGUGGGGGGAGUAAGGUCGUUGCUGCUCCACCCUUUUCCAACUUCCAAGGUUCCUUUGUCUUCAAGUUAAAACCCAAACUAGAAAUUGGACAAGGGCAAGGCUCCUAACAACAGGAAUUGCUUACCUAACAUAGCUGCCUAUUUCUAGCUUGGUAAAACUUUAUCGGAUAUAAUUAAAUAUGUGCUCGAAGGUUAUGUGGCUGGGAGGCCAUGUCUAAGCUGAGAUGCCAUAUUUAAUUACGGGUUUUUAAGAUUUAAGAUUUAGAUCAAUUAAAGUUUAACUGCAAGGCCAAGUCUCUGCCUUGAUUCAUGGCAUCUGGCUAGGUUUACAUUUUUUCAUGCCAGACAUCAUCAGUCCCCUUUAUCCGGCUACUGGAGGCCUUCGCUUCAUUUGACGAGCCCUUACUCCACAGGAAUCAGCCACACUGAGCUCUCCUUUGUUUCAGCUUUGUGGGAGAAAAACCCAUGAAGGGAAAAACCCAAACUCACCAAGCUCGACAGGAAGAAUUGUAAAUACGGUACGUUGGGCUUCACUUCCUCCUCCCAACGGAUAAUCUUGGCCUGUGCCUUCUCUUCCGGGUUAAAUGGCGAAACCCGAUACCCCGGGGACUUUAUGAGUCCCACAGUUUUGGCUUGACUCUCUCGACUUGCUCCAUAUUUGUUUCCACAAGCCUGGAAAAUAAAGAUUAUGAGUUUAAAGCACCCAAAAAAGUGAAAAUUUUACCGAUGCUUUGUUCCAAUUUAAAAGGGGGAGUAAAUGAAAAAGGGGCUAAGACAUUUUCUUAUAAAUUGAGUUUGAUAAAUAAAAAUAUGAAUAGCUUAAAGCAGGAACUUUACACCGUUUUUAACAAUCUUGAUACUUAUGAUCGUUUAAGCAAAGCAAAAUGCUAUGCAUCUGCCUUUGGCAUUCAAGAAGCCCUUAAGCAUAUUUACCAAGACAAAAUUCAAAUAAUAGGCUCAGAGCUUAUUUUGAAUAAUUCUCCCGCCAUCGAUGAUGAAGUAAAUGGUGUGCUAUCUUAUACAAAGAAAAUCGAAGAGGCGAUUAGAAAUGAUGGUGAAAAACUUAAGAGGCCUAUUGUAGCCUAUUGAAAAUUAGAUGCAACUCCCUCUCGCUCCUUUAAAUUGCAAUAAAAUAUCGAUAAAAUUCCUCCUUUAAAUUGGAACAAUAGGAUAAUUUUAUAGAUGAAAUUCUAAUUUUUAAAAAAAAAUUUUUGACCUAGUUUAAUAGAAAAAGUGCAAUUAGAAUAUUCAUUUAACAAAAUCACACUAUAUAGGUUAAUUUUUUUUAAUUGAUUUAUUAAAUAGCAAUUUAAAAUUCAAAAAUAUUACACCAAAUUUAUAUUUUUUUAAUUUUUUAUAAAAUUUGCUAAAUUGUUUUGAUUGAAAAAAAUUUAAUAGACUUUUUUAAAAAAAAUUGGAUUUUUUUUAUAUUUUAAAGCGGGAUGGGAUGCAAGUAAAACUCUAAUCUUGCAGAUGAGCAAAUAG